AUGGCCUCCGCUGCCCGGUCCCUUUUCGCCGGCCGCAACGCGCUCCUGCGCCCCGCCCCGGCGUCCAUUCGGUCAGCUACUAGCGCCGCUGCCCGCUCGUCUCGCUUCGCCGUCCCGGCGUUGGCAUCCCGCCAGCAGUACUACUCUCGCCGCGGCUACUCGUCCGAAUCUGGCGGCAAGUCGUCGUCGUCGUCGUCGUCGUCCAGCGGCCCCAACCCGGCCGUCUGGGUGGGCGCUCUCGCGGUCCUCGGCGGCGCCGGAUACUACGCCUACGGGCUGAGCCAGGGCGCGCAGGCCGACCAGCUCAAGGGGCCCUUCACCCCCAAGUUCGAGGACUACCAGAAGGUGUACGACGCCAUCGCCAAGGCGCUCGAGGAGAAGGACGACUACGACGACGGCAGCUACGGCCCCGUGCUGCUGCGGCUGGCGUGGCAUGCCAGCGGAACCUACGACAAAGAAACCGGCACCGGCGGCUCCAACGGCGCCACCAUGCGCUUCGACCCGGAAGCCGACCACGGCGCCAACGCCGGCCUGCGCGCCGCCCGCGACUUCCUCGAGCCCAUCAAGCAGCGCUUCCCGUGGCUCUCGUACUCGGACCUCUGGACCCUCGCCGGCGUCUGCGCCAUCCAGGAGAUGCAGGGGCCCAAGAUCGCCUGGCGCCCCGGCCGCGCCGACCGCGACGUCUCGUUCUGCACGCCCGACGGGCGGCUGCCCGACGCGGCGCAAGGCGGCGACCACCUGCGCGCCAUCUUCGGGCGCAUGGGCUGGGACGACCGCGAGAUCGUGGCGCUGAGCGGGGCGCAUGCGUUGGGCAGGUGUCACACUGAUCGCUCGGGGUUCGAGGGCCCGUGGACGUUCAGUCCGACGACGUUGACGAAUGAUUACUUCAGGUUGUUGGUGGAGGAGCGGUGGCAGUGGAGGAAGUGGGGGGGCCCGAAGCAGUUGGAGGAUGUGCGGACGAAGUCGUUGAUGAUGCUGCCGACGGAUUAUGCGCUCGUGAAGGAUAAGAAGUUUAGGCCGUGGGUGGAGAGGUAUGCGAAGGAUCAGGAGGCGUUUUUUAGGGACUUUUCGGAUGUGGUGAUGAGGUUGUUUGAGCUGGGCGUGCCGUUUCAGACGGGCGAGGACGCGAGGUUUACUUUCAAGAGCAGCUUCGACUAG